GAAGGAGUUAGCUGGCCUGGGGACAUGCUUUAGCUGUUCCUGCUGCCGCGCUCGGGCUUCGCGCCAGCUGCCCGCCGUGCGGGGACCGCGGUGGGCGGCAGCCUGGGGCCGGAGGGGCUAGAGGACGAGCAAGAGCGGCCCUGGCGGAGGCUGGAGUUUGUAGAAAGAAUGUCAGCAGCUUUUUAUUAGUGAAGAGCCACUUGUUAUCACCAAUGUGCACGUGAAAUGGAAAGGGAACAGAUUCUGGAAAACAACUUCUGUUUCAACCUUGCAAGAUGCUGCAUGCAGUGUGUCAUAAGACCUAUCGAACAAAUUUAAGAGAUGAGAACAGAGGACCAAAUCAACAUAUCUAAACCUGUUAGAUAAGCGCAAAGAAGUUUAAGUGACUGCUCUACUUGAUCAAAAUGGUGGACACUGAAAACCAGCUCUAUCCCCUUACUCCCUUGGAGGAGGAUGAUAUAGGCAGCCCUUUAUCUGGAGAGUUCCUACAAGAUAUGGAGAACAUUCAAGACCUCUCUCAGUCUCUAGGUGAUGACAGCUCUGGAGCUCUAAGUUUAACAGAGUUCCAGUCACUGGGAAAUGGUCCAGGAUCUGAUGGAUCAGUUAUAACAGACACCCUUUCACCAGCAUCCAGUCCUUCAUCCAUUAAUUUUGCCACAGCUCCAGGUAGCAUAGAUGAAUCACCCAGUGGAGCAUUAAACAUUGAAUGUAGAAUUUGUGGGGAUAAAGCCUCAGGCUACCAUUACGGAGUACAUGCUUGUGAAGGUUGUAAGGGUUUUUUUAGAAGAACAAUUCGUUUAAAACUCAUCUAUGAUAAAUGUGAUCGCAACUGCAAAAUUCAGAAAAAAAAUCGUAAUAAGUGCCAAUACUGUCGUUUUCAAAAGUGCCUUUCAGUUGGAAUGUCACAUAAUGCAAUACGUUUUGGACGAAUGCCAAGGUCUGAGAAGGCCAAGUUGAAAGCAGAAAUUCUAACAGGUGAAAAUUAUGUAGAAGAUUCAGAAAUGGCAGAUCUUAAAUCACUUGCCAAAAGAAUUCAUGAUGCUUACCUGAAAAACUUCAAUAUGAACAAGGUUAAAGCCAGAAUCAUCCUUGCAGGGAAAACUAAUAACAACAAACCAUUUGUUAUACAUGAUAUGGAUACCUUGUGUAUGGCAGAGAAGACCCUGGUGGCAAAAUUGGUAGCCAAUGGAAUUCAGAACAAGGAAGCAGAAGUUCGAAUCUUCCACUGCUGCCAGUGUACAUCUGUAGAGACUGUCACAGAACUUACUGAAUUUGCCAAAUCUAUCCCUGGCUUCUCCAAUCUUGACUUGAAUGAUCAAGUGACACUGUUAAAAUACGGAGUUUAUGAAGCCAUAUUUGCCAUGUUAGCAUCUGUGAUGAACAAGGACGGGAUGCUGGUAGCCUAUGGAAACGGUUUUAUAACCCGGGAGUUCCUGAAAAGCCUGAGAAAGCCAUUCUGUGAUAUAAUGGAGCCAAAAUUUGAUUUUGCAAUGAAAUUCAAUGCACUGGAAUUGGAUGAUAGCGAUAUAUCCCUUUUUGUUGCUGCCAUCAUUUGCUGUGGAGAUCGUCCCGGUCUUGUAAAUGUAGGACACAUUGAAAAAAUGCAGGAGAGCAUUGUGCAUGUACUGAAACUUCACUUGCAAACUAACCAUCCUGAUGACAUCUUCCUCUUCCCGAAACUUCUCCAAAAAAUGGCUGACCUCCGACAACUUGUCACAGAGCAUGCUCAACUUGUUCAGAUAAUUAAGAAGACUGAAUCUGAUGCACAUUUACACCCUUUACUACAGGAAAUCUACAGGGAUAUGUAUUAAGGAUUUUUUAGUAUUUUUUUCCACCAUAUUUAAAGACGAGCAAUACUAAUAACAGAUGGGAGCAAAACUACUUGCACAGUUAUCUGCUGUUCACUCAGUCCAGAGCGUGAAAAAUCUAAAAGCUGGGUAACUGGAGUGUUACACCGCUUUUGGUUUGGGAUCUUUUGUCAUCUUUUGAAACAGUUCUGCAGAAAAAUACUGAUCAUAGUGCUCAUGAAGUGUCUUACAAUGGUUCUUUUAUUUGGAGAAUUGAAGAUUGGUAAGGAAUACAUAUUUGUACAAUAAAUCAGAAUGCUAAGUAACAGAAAUGAACAAAAUCGUAUUUCCUCUUGGCUUAGUCAUUUUAGAAUUAAUAUAACAAAUUCAGCAAAUUCUCUCCAGGUGUAUGCACAAUCAUAAAGAUUAUCCACUUUUGGCUAAUGGUAAUUACCGAGAACCAACUAACACUUUUUCUUACAGCAGUCAGUCUAGGCGCAUCAAAUGGUUGGACAUUACUGUACAUACACUUCUAAAAAAUUUGAAAGAACUUUGAUCCGCUGCUGCUUUAAUUCCAUGAAAUGCAGUACAGCUUCAUAUAGUAUUACAUUAGUAUACCUUAGGAUUAGCAUGUUUAAAAGAUGGUUCUCUUAUGAAAUGAAAUCAAAUCUGCAGAGUUAUCUAAAAUACAGCAGAGAUGCUCCAUUCAGGUGUUUCUUGAAGAGUAAAUGUGAUAAAGCGAUGGAACCCUUUUUGCAAAAGUGUUUUAAGGAAAUAUGAAAAUGUCUGUGAGGAAAAAUGUAUCAUACCAUGUGUAUUUUGGAGAACUUGUAAUAGCUCAAGAUGCAGUUUUGAACUUAAAAAUACUAUUUUGAAUUAGCAAGACAUUUGGAGAGACUGAAAAAUCUGAUCCUAGCCCAGAAAAAAGAAUUCCAAUUGCACAGCAUUCUAGUGCAGUGACAGCUUACUCUGAAGAAAUGAUUGUAUAGGAAAGGCACCUUCUUUCUUGGCAAGUAUCUUGGCAGUAUAGAGUUGUUUGGACCUGUUUACUUUUCUAAUAAGUACACUGUUUCAUUUUUUCCCAGUUAUCCACUCGGAUAGAUUUCUUUCUAUUCCUUCCUAGGCCUUGUCAGUAGAAGUAUUAGGUAGAUUAUGUCACCAAAUUUUGUCCUUGUCCUUACAGCCAUAGUGGAUAAAGUGACAAUAUUACCAAGAACAGAGUUGGUAGGUGUCAAUUGUGUAAUAUUAUGAAAGACAGCACAGUUGACAGUAAGUUUAUCAUGUUCCUGAGAGCUAACUAUGAUUUUACAAUAGUACUUACUCCUGAUGCAAAAUGAGCUAUAAGGAAACUGCUUGACUUUGCCAUUUUGCAGGAUCGUUUAUCAGAGAGUACUACACAAAAGUGCUAGCUGCAUGCAAGACACUGUGCUAUUUCUUUUCCUUUUUUUUAAUAUGGUAACUUCACGUUAUUAUUUCCUUAUUUUACUAUUUGUUUCAUAACAACAAAGAUCUCGGCAGCCAAUCUUAGCAUUUUCACAAUAGAUAAGCUUUCAGUGGCACAGGAGGACACUUUGUACUUGUUUUAUUGUAGCACGUUUGAAGACUUCAGAAUCUUAAACCUUCACUGCAAGAAUUAAGUAAGAUCGAUGAGGUGAGAACAUCACACGAUGAUUCUUAUUUUAGUCACAAUGUUUGUUUCUUUACAGGCCUGCUGGCAUGGCUAGACACUGGAUAAAUUACAGGUUUAAAAGCAAUUUGGUAUUUAUCCAGGCGAUGGUCAUAAGCAGAGGUUUUAGUGUCAGAUAUAUUUAGUGUAAACUAUUGAAGCAUAGGCCUCAAAUUUGGUGACCAGCUGGGGCAGGAUAGAAACAAUAAACGUAUGUGCAUAAAACUGUCUCCCCUUCCCUGUCGCCAGUCAGCAACAGGAAGACUAGGCCUUACGUUACAGCUACUUCUAACGCUUCAUUAAGAGAAGAUUGUUGGUCUUACCAGGAAACAGGAGAUGAGAAAUAGGUUGUCUUUUGUGUCUUACAGCAGUACGUAGUAUGCCCUCAGAAAUAACGAAGAGUUUAGCAAUAAUGCUGCUUUACUCUUCAAGUCAGCCAUGUUUUGCUAAGGAGCUGUGGGGUUUAGGCAUAAGACACUGAGCAUUGAAAUAAUUGAUAGGCAAUACUGCUUAGUCAAAAAAAUUGUCAAAAUAUCAGGCAUUCUGUGAUGGCAUACUGAAACUCUAAUAGCCAACUGUUUUAAGUUUAUCUUCUAAAAAAAGUAUAAGCCAAAAUUUUUUUUCCCCCCAAACCUCAUAUUUAUGCAAAGGGCAAAUUUCAAAGUUGUGUUCCAUAGUUUGGGUGUGCUGAAGUUUCUCAGGAAAAUCAGACACAGCCAGCAUGGACAAAAACUCUUUUAGUGUGGACAAAAACUCUUUUUCCUGCUCCUGUUCUCAAAAGUGGCUAAAACACUUUACUGAAACUUUUAAAAAACAUGGAAAAUUUAAUAAUAAAGACUUAAAUUCUCAGCAAAACUAUAAAGAACUGAAAACAGCAUCAUUCAGUGGAAGACAUAAUGUUUAGCUAUAUUAGCAGCUGCUUGUAACAGGUUCCUAUUAUUGGCAUUAGGAAAGUGCGUAAUUUGCAGUUUUCCUGUUCCGGAUCCAUUUUGUUUUGUUAUUUGAAAACCAGCAAGUAUUUUUUGACUAGUUCCUUGGACCCUGAAGUUUGAUUUCUGUUUUAAAUUAAAUUGCAGGCCUUUAAUGAGGAAAAAAAAAAAAAAAAAAAAAGGAAAGAACGCAUCUCUGAAUUACAGAAAUAUGAACAAGAUGUUAACAUAGCCUAAAAUUCUGGAUAGAUUCCACUGCCCGCACUGCUGCACCGUGCACAUACCCACAGUCUCUUCAAAGAACGACACAGGGCUGACAAUUCACUUCCUGAGUGUUAAUGGGCAAAAGUUCUUAAUUGCUACAUUACACUUUUAAUGAAGUACAUUAGCUACUUCAGUAGGUGACUGCAGCAGGCUUUUGCCAAUUAGAUUUCAAAAUGACUCUGUGUUCAUUUUCUUUUGUGAAGUUUGCAAUCUGAACUAGUUUGAGAUAUAUUACUGAGGAGCCUUCAGCAUCUCCACCUUGUACAGAUCAUCUAAUAUUUUAAAAUGCCCAUUCUAUGGAGAGAAUAAAGUGAUCAGUUUUUAGGAUUAAAAAAGUAUUAAAGAUUUACUGGCUUGUUAGGUAUAGUUUUGAUCUGAUUCUUAUCAACAUAACUUAUUUUACUACCAUAGCACCGAAGAACUCUGGUUAGCAUCCAGGUACCCACAAACAGCUUAAGACAAGAGACAACAGAUGGAUAGAGAAAAAUCCUAGGAAACAAUGGUACGACUUAAUUUUUCAACAAACCUACAGCUUACUCAUUUUUGAGGGUUGUUUGGGGUUUUUUUUAGUUAUUUAUUGGGAUGCCCCAGGUACUUUGACAAAGGGGAAGGGGGAAAAAAAAAAAAAGGAAGGUUUUGCAUCAAGUGUUAGGGAAACCUGAUGUUCAUUUUUAUCUCCUUCUUAAAUAUUUUCUUUAAAGGUGUACUGUCUUUGGUGUAACAGCACACAACUGCUGUUUAAAAAAAUCAGUUACUUUGUACCUUUUUAAAUUUCAGAAUCCCACUUUUAUUUUAAACACAAAUUGACAGACAACAGAUAGGAAUGUUUUCCACUUACAGAAAUUUAGCCUUUCUUCACAUUUAAAGAAAUCUCCUUUUUUAUUUAAUUGCCAUUUCCAUGUGCCUUUGUGCUUUGGUUCUAGCCAGCUGCUAGAAAGCUGAAGUGUUGCCAAAGAGCAUAUUUUUGCAUUAUUUCUGGCCCGCACAGAUUUAGGAAAUACCAGCAGUUGCACUAAGUCCGUUCUCAUGAGAGAGCUAGCACAAGUUUGCAAAUCAAAAAGCUUAUAAUAAGCAUCUAAACAUUUGUUUGUUUAUUCAAACUGCUAAAACUUGGGGAGAUUUAUUCAUCACGAGAGCUGGGUCACAUACUAUUAAAUUUGAAUUUCCUCCUUAUUUCUCAUGGAAAGCCUGGACAACUUACGCACCAUCUCAGGCAAAGCAGUUGGAGAAGAUUACACUGUAGCUGCCUGUACUGUGUCUGAAGAGGAACAAUUUCAGCUCUGUCUCUCCUUAAAAGCAUCCAUCCCUGUUACUUAGUUGAAAAUCUGCAACUACAUUUAACAAAUGCAUUUGCAGCUGUUGUGAUAUUGCUUAAGCGUAAGGUCUUACAAAUAACGGCCCGUCCCUGAAAAUCCUAAUCCUUUAUUAAGUGUUGAAAUGUAAGGUGUAGUGUAGUAUCUGGUGCUUGUUUAUAUCUCAAGUGCUUUCUUGAUAAUCAGUUGCAUAUAUUUUUUUUUAUCUAGGUUUAAUCAGCUUUAUUAUCCUUCUUUUACUAGAGAUUUAAAUUAUAUGUGGGUUUGAUCUAAGUUUAUUGAUAUUGUUAUGUAUUGUGGGAUUUUUUUAAUUUAAUGUAAUACUAUUUCUUCAUGUUUCAAUUUGUAAAAUACAAGAAUAUAAUUGCAAGCUAUAAACUUUCACUAAAUUAUAUUACAGAGGUGCUUUAAGAAAAUUAUGUAAAUUAUUUAAUUUAAAUAUUUGUUUCAUACUUUAUCUUGUGAACCCUUUUGUACAGUGAAGAAAGAUUUACUUUUAUGGGGUAAGGAUGAUGGGCCUGAAGUCAAAGACAAACUGCUAUUUAUUCCUGUCUGGUCUCUUACUGUAUCAUUUGUGAAGAAGUAUCAUAAAUUCUGCAACUUAUCAGUGUUUGGUAUUGACAACCGUAACAAAAUUUUAAAAUACAUUUUCACAGAGAACAUAGACUUCCUUUUAUUUAAUUUUAAUAAAAGUAAGUCUAGGUGAGGAAGAGCUGUAAUCCCAAAAUCGAGUUAAUAUUUUUAACGGUUUAACUCAAGUUCACCAAUAUGGAAGAUAGGUUAUAGAACUAAGUUCAUCUUUGCUUUACAGCACAGUAGUUCAUUCUCCUUAAAAGUCUGAGAGCUAAAAAGAUCUACAGUCUGUUAGUACUCCAUUACUGAUAUUUUCUGAGGAACUCACUUGUGGCUUACUAGAAAUAACAAUGUGUAUUCAGGAUUACUUCAUGCUACCUGCACUGGGGUUGAUCUGCAGUUUUUGUAGAUGUAUUUUAAAAUAUGUAAUUUGGCAGUGCAAAACAAACGGUUGAAAUGCCAUUAUUGGUUUUUCUAUGGGAGUGUUCCCUUUAGGAUUUUAAGUAGAGAUUAAUUCAGAAUCUGUUCAUAGGGAUUCUGUGUGCUGUGAUUCAGAUGUGACAGUCUGUGCCUACAGCAUUCCUGCUAAGGAAUCCUGAUAUAGGAACAAAGUUACCUUUUAAAGGUAUACCUUUUAUUUUGCUGUAGUCAGAACAUGGCAUCUAGUACAAGCACAGUAUAUCACAAAUGUUCCAGCAAUGACUUAUGCUUACUGCAUUUUAUUUGUAAUAGAUAAAGUUUUAUUUCCCCCAAUCGAUGCAACUUGAAAUUUUCACUUGAUCAGUGUCACCAUACACAAAACUAAGAUGUUUUGUGUCAUAUUUGUAAAAGCUCUACUGGACUUUUGUGUGGUAACCUACAGCUACUUCUUUUCUCAGUUUCAUAGGCAGCAAUGAAAAAACCCUGUAAAAGGUACUAACAGAUAUGUCACUUUACACUGUAAAUAUGUGAUACAAAUUGUUAACUAAACUCAUCCUAGGGCAAGGGUGUUUCCUCUUUUGUUUUCUCUAAAGUGCUUACAGUUGGGUUUUUUAAAUCUUUUUCGGCUUCUGAAGCUGUUUUGUUUUUUUUUUUUUCUCUAACUCCUUUAUUGUGUUAGUUGAUCUUGUCAGAUUCCAUUGCAAGGAUGUUUCAAAACAGAAUUCCUAUUGCAAGGACCUCAAUUUCAGAUGAGUUGCCUCUGCCCAGGGGAUAGGCUGCAUGCACAGAAGAGAUUAAUCCGAUUACAGGCUGGGCUUUAAAUAAGGACUGCAAGAUCAAGCAUAAGGUACUUGAAGUUGUUUUUAAGUAUUUUGGUGUAUUUUCUCAGGUUGGAUAUGCAGGUACAGUAAUCCCUAUUGUGGAAAAGACACCAGCCUUAUGAUCAAUGCAAGAAGUUUCAUGGCGUUCUUUACACUUGAAAGAAAAAAAAAAAAAAAUUGGUGGUAUGGGAAAGUACUAACCAACCAAAAUAUUGGCAACAUGCAAGUACUGCAUUCUACUCCUACUGCGUAGGAGUGCAGUAUAAUCAUUCCAAAUCUGUUUGUGAUGUGCAACAGGAACCGUAAGAAGGUUAGCAAAUCUUCUGGUGGAUGAUUCAUAUGCAAAUAACCACGUAGAGUGCUGUUCAAAUCCACACUUUGUUACCUCUGGCACUUUCAGAUACUCUAGGUGUAUUUUGCCACACGGUAGCGUAGGGUUGCCUUCAUGGAGACACAGUGCCUUUGCCUUCCUGCUAGUGACAGAGUUGUUCGCGGUGCCAUGUGCGUAUUCAGACAGGUAUCUACGGGCACUCACCAGCAGCGCCGUUCGGCAGACGGUUACUGAGCAGACUGCUAGGGCUCUUCUGCCGGUGGCAUUUGUGCAGAUAGUGGGAGGGAGCUGCUUCUGAUCAAAUCAUUCAUCCCCCUCCCCUGGGAAAUGAAUCCUGUGGGACAGGUGGAUACGGGAAGCCAUGGCUCCAUCUCAGUAGCCACAAAUACUUUCCUCUGGUUUCAGAAGUGGAAGAACACUUACGGCUUUAGUUAUUUCUUUAGCAGUAACAAAUCUAAUCAACGUUUUAAUAUUACGGAUUUUAACAGGAACACCCCUCUUAACUGUUUGACAAAGCCUGUUUUAUCAGCUUCUCGGAUGAGCUACAUUUCAUAUUGCUCCCGCUAUUUCACAGCUUUUACAAACAAUUGCUCUGAAUUUUCUUUAGGAAUGUAACACAAGAGUUUAAUUACAUCAUUAUGUUAAAACCCUUUAUCACGUCUUAAAUUGUCUGUCAUCUGAUAUGACAGAAAAAAGCACAUUUUUGUUAAUGUUGCCAAACCCUAAUCACUAGAGCUAACGAGUGUUUAACUCCAGGUAUCAAUAUUAAAGAGGAAAAAAAAACCUACCAUUGUUUCCAGUCGACUAUGUUUUUAGUUUUUGGGUACGUUUUAUUACAGUGAAUACGGAACUUAGAAAGAGCAGACAUUUCUUGCAGGGAGUAGUCAAACUUAAUUCUCAUGGAAUGCUUGUUUCCCAGUAAAAUGCCACUAAUUCAAGCCAAGUUCCCAAGUUUGUGUCUGUCAGAACAAUGCAAAUGACAUUUUCAAAAAAGAAUGGAAGCCCUGGUCUCACAGGGAUUUAUAGGAAAGACAAAGUCUCUUGCACUUGUGAAUGUAAAAAUUACAUAUAGCUAAAUAUGAUGAUGCAUUCUCAAAUGUUACCAGCCUACUGAUCUAGGAUGAAAAAAACUUGAACUAAACAUUUUUUUCUUCUUUUUUACAUUCUGAUUUUUUUUCCGUCUCCUUUAAAAAUAAGAGGUUGAAUUCAUAGUGUUUGUAUAGAGACUGGUAGGAACCUACGUGCUUUAAAAAAAAAAAAAGUCAUCCUUUAAGAUUGAAUGUAAACACAGUUAAUUUGAAAUAUGGUUUUGCCUUAAUGGUUUUAAAAAGAAAAUAAAGUAUUUUUAAAAG